CAAGACAUUUUUGACCGAGGUUCAAGAUGGCGCAGUUGAGUUAUAUUCGCGUUGUGGUGGAGAAAAACGACAGUGGUGAGCGGUCUGAUCUGCCGUCAACUCCCAACCCAGAGGUUCUCAAAGUGAACCCGGCUCUGAAUGCCUCAUCGGAGCAUAAUAAAACUGCAGCGAAGAAAAGGAAGAUGCAACCAUUGCCCGAAGGUUACCAUAAGCCCACAGUGGAAGUGCGUGGCGCCAAUCCGCCGACCAGUUUGUUGCCGGUGGGGAAGGUUAAUGAUGGGAAAGACAGGGACAGAGAUCGGGAGAAGGGCAGUGGUAACACCAGCAAACGCUGCCCGGAACUUGGCGUUAGCUCUAAAUAUGCUGUGGCAACUGCCGUUCCUAGCCCUCUUCCUUCUCUCUACAGCUCCGUAACCUCUUCGCUCUACCUCCACUCGAAAUCCAGUAAACCUUCCAAAGAAAAGUACGGCAGCAGCAAAGAGAGGGAGAAGAAACACAGGGCCAAGAAAGAAAACGGCGACGUCAAAUUGCUCCAGAAAGGUAACGGUGAAAAAAGGAAACUUAGCACAGAAGAAUUUCAAUUUAAAAAAAUAAAGAAGAAAAAGAAAAAGAAACACAAGGAAAGCGAAAAACGAAAGCAGCCCAAAAUGUGCAGCAAAUCCAUUCAAACAGUUUGUUCAGCGUUAAUGUCAGAAAUCAAAGAGCAGCAGUUGACUUCAAUACAAGAUGGGAAAAAGCUAACCAUUCUGUACCCAGAUGAUGGACUGCCUGAAUGUCUGUCAGAGGAAAGUGGUCACCUUUUGCCUAAUGUGUGCAACAACUCCAGUGUUGAAAACAAAGGUUCAAGGCUAAAUAUGUUGGAAUUCAAAAGGUUUAUCCACAUAGAAGACCAGCCUAAUGGAGGAGCUUCAGUGGUGCAUGCCUACAUGGAUGAGCUCUCUUCGCUAUCUCCUGUGGAGAUGGAGAGAUUUUCAGAGGAAUUUGUGAAUCUGACAUUUAGUGAGAAUAAUUCUGCAGCCUAUUAUGUCAUGGGUAUUGUUCAUGGAGCUGCUGCGUACUUGCCUGAUUUUCUUGAGUACUUUGCCUAUAGCUUUCCAAAUGCACCAGUGAAGAUGGAGAUCUUAGGAAAGAAGGAUAUAGAGACAACUACCAUUUCAAACUUCAAUGCUCAGGUGAAGCGUACAUAUUCGCAUGGUACCUACAGGGCUGGUCCAAUGCGACAGAUCAGUUUGGUGGGAGCUGUGGAUGAAGAAGUUGGGGACUAUUUUCCAGAGUUUCUUGACAGACUGGAAGAGUCUCCUUUCUUAAAACGUACAUUACCAUGGGGAUCACUUUCUAGUCUCAAACUUAAGUGCCGUAAAGAAAGUGACGAUGGUCCUAUUAUGUGGGUUCGUCCGGGAGAACAGGUGAUCCCUAUAGCAGACAUGCCAAAAUCACCUUUUAAACGACGGCGAACUACCAAUGAAAUAAAAAAUCUACAGUAUCUACCUCGUGCAAGUGAACCACGUGAAAUGCUCUUUGAGGAUAGGACUCGAGCCCAUGCAGAUCAUAUUGGACAAGGAUUUGAGCGCCAGACUACAGCAGCUGUUGGAGUGUUGAAAGCUGUACAGUGUGGAGAUUGGUCUGAACAACCUCGUAUAACCAAAGAUGUGAUUUGUUUUCAUUCAGAAGACUUUUUAGAGGUGGUGCAGAGGUUGCAGUUAGAUCUGCAUGAACCACCAUUGUCUCAGUGUGUUCAGUGGGUAGAUGAUGCAAAGCUCAACCAGAUAAGAAGAGAGGGUAUUCGUUAUGCUAGAAUUCAACUGUAUGACAAUGAUGUGUACUUCAUUCCCCGGAAUGUUGUACACCAAUUCAAGACUGUCUCUGCAGUUUGCAGCUUAGCAUGGCACAUACGGUUGAAACAAUAUCAUCCAGAUGCAGGAGAUCCACCUGCUCAAGGUUGUGCUUCUGAAGGCUCAGAAUUACUAGCAGACACCAAGUGCCCAGUUAUCAAAAUGGAGACUGAGGACAAAAAGCAGGGUGAUGAUGUUACUGCUGAAAGUGCAAAGCAAGAAGAAAUCAAGAUAGAACUUAAUAUCACAGAGCUCUCGGAAAUUAAAGUGGAGUCUGGAAGCACUGAAUCACAGUAUGUAGCUGAAUCGAAAGAUCUAGCAUGUUCAAAUACCAAAAUUGACUGUGGAGAUGAAGAACAGCUACUCUCAGUGAACACAAAUGUGCAUGACUAGCAACACAACUUUUCUUACUGAUAUGUGUAUAUUCUUUGGAGCUUUUAUUUUUUUUAAAUGUAUCUUAAAACAAUGGUGUGACGUACAAAAUAUGUUCUUGCUUAUGUAAGCUCUGUGAGGCAAGCUUGUUACUGUUCUUAAGACUGUUACAUGGUAGGACAGAAAAGUACAUGUAGCUUUGUAACAUUCCUCAGUGCCUGUCCAUAACUGUGAAAUAUAACAGCACUUAGGGGGUGGGUGCACUGUCACACUGCAGAUAAAAUGGUGGCGGGUGAGGGGUUGGGGG